AUGAAUGAGUCGCUGCUCGCAAUCGAGCACCCCAACGCCACGGUACUAUCGUGUCCACCAGACACCUACACGGUGCACAUAUUUUCAAAGGAACCUUUGGUGUUGUACAUUGAAGGUCAAUCUCUGUUUGAGCCAUCAACCAUCACCCACGAUGGUGCCGGCGUGCAGCGCGACACAUCGAUCAGAGAGUCCGAGGUGGCCAUGAUCCCACGCACCGACGGGGUCAGGUGCAUCGAAGCCCGGGCCCGGUCGCUGCAGGGCUGGAGAGAGGAGCUGUGGAUCGAGAGGCUGAGGACGCAGCGGUACGUCGAGGGAGGCCACUACUCGUACCACUUCGACUGGAGCUCGAACCGCGGGGGAUGGGGGCGGGUGAGCAGCAUGAUGGUCUGGGUCGAUGCGCGCGGCGACGAGGAGGGCGAAGAGCUGGUCGGGGGCGGCACCGAGUUCCCGCUGUUGAGCAUCCCAGGGCAGAAGGAGCGAUGGUGUCGCUUCGUGGACUGCGAGAAGCGUGGAAAGACGGCGGCGGCGGCUGAGUCUGAGACGGGGGCCAAUGCUGGCGGCGAUGAAGACAAGGGGGUCGUGUUCAAGCCUGUCCCGGGGAAUGCGGUAUACUGGGAGAAUUUCCGCGCUGACGGGAGCGGAGCGGGUUACGAGGAGACGUGGCAUGCCGGUCUGCCUGUCGAGAAGGGCAUCAAGGUUGGCCUUAACAUUUGGAGCACGGGAAGGAUAGACUAA